CUGAGAACACACAUGUUGACAUGAUGACAUCAUUUGACCAUGGCCUGGAUUCAAGACCAUCUAGGAUCUUUAACAGUGUUAGGUCUGAAGCUCUGCAACGAAACUCUAACAACCAUGACAACCGCUUAACUGAUCAGGAGGUCCCAUUGAUUGAGGCUCCCUUACAGCAUGGUUUGUUGGGGUCUCCGGGCCAUUCAGAGCUAGAACCAGCCCUGCUUCCCCUCACCCCUAGUGCAGAACUGGAUGACCAUGGUUCAGGCUUGAACACAAGGGACAACGCUCAUGUAAAUCCCACACCCAGUCUUCCAGACCACAUGAGCCUGAUUGCAGAAAAUCCGUCAGAAGACUUCAGUAUGGGACUUAAUGAAGAAAAUAGUUUGAGCACCUUGAACGUGAAUCUGCUAACAGAAGAUCCUGUGGAUAACAUGGGAAGUAGCCUGUGUUCACAUGACUUAACACCCUCCAGCACCACCCGAGACUUUUCGAAAUCUCCUUCCGGCGUCUUUCUGGUUGACAAGGAUGAAGAUGUUAACGAUGAAGAUGGUCUCCCUAGCCCACUUGGUGCCCUCUUAGAGGAUGAUGCCAUUCUGGAUGAGAUCAGAUUGUUGGACCUGGCUCUGGAGGAAGGAUUCAGCCCUGAGAUGGCAGUCAAGCUGGAAGAGGAGGGCUACCUUGGCCGUGAAGUAUCCCAACAUGAACAUGGCCAGUUCAACCACAAUAUCACCAGUAAGGAGGAGAGAGAAGAUAACCACUAUGGCUCAGGCAUGGCAGUGACAGGAGAACAGGGUCAACCAAGGAGACAUCAGCAAGAUGGUGAGAAUGAGGCAGACUCGGACUCUGGUCUCUCUCUAGACUUCAGCCACAGCCCUGCUUCUCCAUGCACUUCUGAUGCUUCCUCGUAUUCCUCUUCGUCCUCUUCCUCAAUCUCCUCUUCAUCUUGUGUGUCGGCUGUGGGAAGUCCCUUCUCUGAAUACGAGGACGAAGAUGCUGAGGACAUGCUAAUCGGUUCAGAUAUGGAAGUGGAGAUUACUAUAAAGCAGGAGGAGCAGGAAGAGGAGGAAAUGGGGGCAGUUGGGGGACAAGUGAACAAACUUCUCUCUCCUAACUAUGGGGAUCACAAGCUGUUCAAUGCCUUUCCGUGGCUGGGGCAUAUUGACCAUGAUCACACAUACAACCAGCCCUUACCCUCCGCCUCCUCUGUACCGCUGGGCAAGAUGACCACCAAACAAACCAAAUCCUCCCUGCGACAUGACAACGACAAGCCUUACCACCGCUCGUCUUCUAGACACAUCACCGAGAGCAAAAUGUGGAGCCGGGAUGAAUGGCGUGCCAAAGCCCUGAAGAUCCCCUUCUCCAAUGAGCUGAUCGUUGACCUGCCAGUGGAGGAGUUCAAUGAGCUACUGGCCAAUUACCAACUUAACGAGGAGCAGCUUACCCUGGUCAGGGACAUACGACGCCGUGGAAAGAACAAGAUAGCGGCUCAGAACUGCAGACAGAGGAAACUGGGCGUGCUGGUUGGAUUGGAGGAGAAUGUGUCAGGGUUGAGGCGCCACCGUUCGCGGUUGCUCCGAGAGAAACAGGAGGCCCUGAGAAAUCUGCAGGAGAUGAAGCGCAGACUGAGCACGUUGUACCAGGAAGUCUUUUCCAGGCUGAGGGACGAAGAGGGGAGGCCGCUGAACAACACAGAGCACAUGCUUGAUUUUGGAUCGAAUGGUAGCGUCACAGUGGCUCCACGCCAACAAGGGGCAGGGCUACCACUGACGGGUGAAAAAAGCAGCAAGAAACAGAGGGACAAGAAAAAGUGAGGAUAGCAUACCAAGAACAUUCACACAAAAUGCUCUAGACAUUUGGAAAUAUAAGGUGCUGCUAUUCCUUCCAGGGUGUAUGAUCAAAACCACAUCUGGUAUCAACGGCAGGUGCAGACUCUCCAAAGAACUACGAAAUCUUUAAGCUAAAUAGAUUUUAUGGACAGGGAUGUUUUUAUUUAACACUUGAAAGAAGAACGGAUGCAUGGAGGGAUGACUGGACAGAGGAAAUCAAGACAGAAGAAAGAGGAGUUUUGAGGGAGGAUAUGAUUAUCAUCAUUUUGAUAAGAAAUCUUGUGGCAGUGAAAAAGAACUUGAAUACAACACUCAAACAUCUCAGAGGUCAUUUAGGCUCAAUGGAAUGAAUUCAGCAGAUAGAUGAAGUGGGACCAGUCUAAAAUGCUAGUUCAGUGCCUAUGUACAAUCCUGCUUUCUCUUCCAUCAGCUGCCUCAGAGACUGGGCAACAAACAGAUAACAGGCUGGCUCCUGACUCUCAGCUAAGCAAAACAGAUACUAUGAUGACUGAGCCAGCAAGAAAU